AUGUCCACUUUUGGAAAUAUCUUCAGAGUCACCACCUACGGUGAAUCCCACUGCAAGUCUGUUGGCUGUAUCGUCGACGGAUGUCCUCCAGGCAUGGAGUUGACAGAGGCAGACAUCCAGCCCCAGUUGAGUCGAAGAAGACCAGGCCAGAGCAAACUCUCCACGCCCAGAAACGAAAAGGACCAGGUCCACAUCCAGUCGGGUACAGAGUACGGCAAGACGUUGGGCACGCCUAUUGGCAUGUUGGUUCACAACGAGGACCACAGACCUCAUGACUACUCAGAGAUGGACUUGUACCCCAGACCAUCCCAUGCUGACUACACUUAUAUCCAGAAAUACGGAGUCAAGUCUGCUUCUGGCGGCGGCAGGUCGUCUGCUAGAGAGACCAUUGGCCGUGUUGCUGCUGGAGCCAUUGCUGAGAAGAUCUUGGCCAAGGCUAAUGGCGUGGAGAUUGUCGCUUUCGUGUCUUCGAUUGGCGAGGUUGCCAUGGACAGAAACCCACAGAACGAGGUGUUCCAGAACGUGUUGAAUACGAUUACUAGAGACCAGGUUGACGACGUGGGUCCUGUGAGAUGUCCAGAUGCUUCUGUCAGAGAGGAGAUGGUCAAAGUGAUUGAAAAGUACAGAGACGCCAAGGACUCUAUUGGCGGCGUGGUUACGUGUGUCAUUAGAAACUGUCCUAUUGGUCUUGGUGAGCCUUGUUUCGAUAAGUUGGAGGCUACUUUGGCCCAUGCCAUGAUGUCGUUGCCUGCCACCAAGGGCUUCGAGUUUGGCUCUGGUUUCAACGGUACCAAGAUCCCAGGUUCUGCUCACAACGAUGCUUUCCACUUCUGUGACGAUUCCCAGAGAUUGAGAACGAAAACUAACAACUCUGGUGGUGUCCAGGGCGGUAUCUCCAACGGUGAGAACAUCUACUUCUCUGUGGCCUUCAAGUCUGCUGCCACCAUUUCCCAGGAACAGCCAACCGCCACCUACGAAGGCAAAGACGGUGUUUUGGCUGCCAAGGGUAGACACGAUCCAUCUGUGACUCCUAGAGCUGUGCCUAUUGUGGAGUCCAUGGCUGCGUUGGUGCUUGUUGACCAGUUGUUGAUGCAAAAGGCCAGAGAGUACGGUCGUUCGAUCGUCGCCUAG